CCCAAUGCACUGCGUGUUCUCUGAGCUGCAUUGGGCGGUGGAAGGGGGCGGAGUCUAUGGCGGCCAGAUGGGGCUAAAAGUCAGAGAGGCGUGCUGGGCCUUAGCCAAUGGGCUGAAGGAAUAGGGAGGGAGGCGGGGCUCCUCCCAGCCAAUCGACGGGUGCGCCCUCGUUGCCGCUCUAUGCUGCUCCGCCCCGGCUCGCUGGUCCCAGAAGGCGCCGGGUUUCCCAAGAUGGCGGCCGACGUGUCCGUUACUCACCGGCCCCCUCUGAGCCCAGAGGCUGAGGAUGAGGCCGGCGAUGCUUCGGAGCGCCGGUUUCCCGAGGAGGAGCUGCCGCCGCUAGAUCCAGAGGAGAUCCGGAAACGCCUGGAGCAUACCGAGCGCCAGUUCCGUAACCGCCGCAAGAUACUGAUCCGGGGCCUCCCGGGGGACGUGACCAACCAGGAAGUUCAUGACCUGCUCAGCGACUAUGAGCUCAAGUACUGUUUUGUGGACAAAUACAAAGGGACAGCCUUUGUGACGCUGCUGAAUGGUGAGCAGGCCGAGGCAGCCAUCAGCUCCUUCCACCAGAGCCGCCUGCGAGAGCGGGAGCUGUCAGUACAGCUGCAGCCCACGGAUGCACUGCUCUGCGUGGCCAACCUGCCCCCCAGCCUCACGCAGCAGCAGUUUGAAGAGCUGGUGCGGCCCUUCGGCAGCCUGGAGCGCUGCUUCCUGGUCUACAGUGAAUGCACUGGCCACUCCAAGGGCUAUGGCUUUGCCGAGUACAUGAAGAAGGACUCGGCCGCCCGUGCCAAGUCAGACCUGCUGGGCAAGCCCCUGGGCCCGCGCACCCUCUAUGUGCACUGGACAGAUGCCGGACAGCUGACACCCGCCCUGCUCCACUCCCGCUGCCUCUGUGUCGACCACCUGCCACCUGGCUUCAGUGAUGUGGAUGCCCUGCGCAGGGCACUCUCGGUGGUCCACACACCCACCUUCUGCCAGCUGGCAUAUGGCCAGGAUGGGCAGCUGAAGGGCUUCGCUGUGCUGGAGUACGAGACGGCGGAGAUGGCGGAGGAGGCACAGCAGCGGGCUGAUGGGCUGGCCCUGGGGGGCAGCCAUCUGCGUGUCUCCUUCUGUGCCCCUGGGCCCCCUGGCCGCAGCAUGCUGGCUGCGCUUAUUGCUGCCCAGGCCACGGCCCUCAAUCGGGGCAAGGGCCUCCUGCCUGAGCCCAACAUCCUGCAGCUGCUCAACAACCUGGGGCCAUCUGCUUCCCUCCAGCUGCUGCUGAACCCCCUGCUCCACAGCAAUGCCGGGGGCAAGCAGGGCCUCCUAGGUGCCCCCCCAGCUAUGCCACUGCUGAACGGGCCAGCCUUGUCCACGGCGCUGCUGCAGCUGGCCCUGCAGUCCCAGGGUCAGAAGAAGCCUGGCAUCCUGGGAGACUCUCCCCUGGGCCCCCUCCAGCCUGGAGCCCAGCCGGCCAACCCCCUUCUUGGGGAGCUGUCUGCAGGGGGGGGCCUGCCCCCAGAGCUGCCACCUCGGCGAGGGAAGCCGCCACCCCUGCUGCCGCCACUGCUUGGCCCCUCUGGAAGUGACCGGGAGGCCAUGGGCCUGGGCCCCUCAGCAGCCCAGCUCACUCCACCCCCUGCCCCCACGGGGCUCCGAGGCACUGGCCUUAGAGGCCUCCAGAAAGACAGUGGGCCUCUGCCAACGCCCCCUGGGGUCUCACUGCUAGGGGAGCCCCCUAAGGACUUCCGGAUCCCCCUGAAUCCCUACCUGAACCUACACAGCCUGCUCCCAGCCAGCAACCUGGCGGGUAAGGAGGCCCGGGGCUGGGGGGGCCCUGGGAGGAGCCGCCGCCCAGCUGAGGGCCCCCUGCCUGCCCCCCCAGCCCCUGGAGGCGGCAGUGGUGGAGGUGGCAGCAGCAGCAAAGCCUUCCAGCUCAAGUCUCGUCUGCUCAGCCCCCUCACCAGCACCCGCCUGCCACCUGAGCCAGGGUUGCCUGACAGCUACAGCUUUGACUACCCCUCGGACAUGGGACCUCGGCGGCUCUUUUCUCACCCACGAGAGCCCACCUUAGGGACCCAUGGACCCAGCCGACUUAAGAUGUCCCCCCCGCCCAGUGGCUUCGGCGACCGGAGUGGUGGGGGCCCCCUCUCUCACUUCUAUUCUGGCUCGCCCACUUCCUACUUUGCCAGUGGCUUGCAAGCUGGCCUCAAGCAGAGCCACCUCAACAAGGCAGUCGGCUCCUCUCCGCUGGGCUCCGGAGAAGGGCUUCUGGGCCUCAGCCCAGGGCCCAAUGGCCACAGCCACCUGCUGAAGACCCCACUGGGUGGCCAGAAACGAAGCUUUGCCCACCUGCUGCCCUCGCCUGAGCCCAGCCCGGAGGGCAGCUACGUGGGCCAGCACUCCCAGGGCCUUGGUGGCCACUACGCGGACUCCUACCUGAAGAGGAAGCGGAUUUUCUAAGAGGCCAGCACCAGAGAUGCUCAAGGGCCUGCA